GCCCGCGGCGGCUCCGCGUCAAUCAGUCAUGGGGCUGCAGCCCAGAGCCGCCGCGGGGGCGGCGGGGCACGGGGCGCGGGGGCCCGGCUGAGCCGGCCGCGGAGCGCGAGCCUGCCGCGGAGACGACGGAGGCGGACGCGGGGCGACCCCGGCGGCGGCGGGGGGAGCGGGAGCCGCCUGGGAUGUUCAGUCAUGAAACGGGUGCGCACCGAGCAGAUCCAGAUGGCCGUGUCCUGCUACCUCAAACGCCGGCAGUACGGGGACGCGGACGGCCCGCUGAAGCAAGGCCUGCGGCUGUCGCAGAGCGCCGAGGAGAUGGCCACCAGCCUCGCAGUCCAAUCGGAAUCUGGUUGUGCCAACAUAGUGUCUGCGGCCCCUUGCCAGGCAGAGCCCCAGCAAUAUGAAGUGCAGUUCGGACGGCUGCGGAAUUUCCUCACCGAUUCUGAAUCCCAGCACAGCCACGAAGUGAUGCCUCUCCUCUACCCUCUCUUUGUCUACCUCCACCUCAACCUGGUCCAGAACAGUCCCAAGAGCACAGUGGAAAGCUUUUACAGCCGCUUCCAUGGAAUGUUCCUACAGAAUGCCAGCCAGAAGGACGUCAUCGAGCAGCUGCAGACCACCCAGACCAUCCAGGACAUCCUGUCUAACUUCCGGCUGCGGGCCUUCCUGGACAACAAGUACGUGGUCCGCCUGCAGGAAGACAGCUACAACUACCUUCUCCGCUACCUCCAGAGUGACAAUAACACCGCGCUGUGCAGAGUCCUCACCUGGCACAUCCACCUGGACGUGCAGCCCGCCAAGAGGACAGACUACCAGCUCUACGCCAGCGGCGGCCCCUCCCGGGGCGAGGGCGGCGGCCUGGAGCCUGCUGACGUGCCCGCGCCCAUCCUGCAGAACGAGGCCGCGCUGGAGGUCCUGCAGGAGAGCAUUAAGCGUGUCAAGGACGGCCCCCCCUCUCUCACCACCAUCUGCUUCUACGCCUUCUACAACACGGAGCAGCUGCUGAACACGGCGGAGGUCUCCCCGGACAGCAAGCUGCUCGCCGCCGGCUUUGACAACUCCUGUAUAAAACUGUGGAGUCUGCGUUCCAAGAAGUUAAAAUCCGAACCCCAUCGAGUAGACGUGUCCCGCAUCCACUUGGCUUGUGAUAUCCUGGAGAAGGAGGACGACGAGGACGAUAACGCAGGCACGGAGAUGAGGGUCCUGCGGGGACACUGCGGGCCAGUGUACAGCACCAGGUUCCUUGCGGACAGCUCAGGGCUGCUCUCCUGCUCUGAGGACAUGUCCAUCAGGUACUGGGACCUCGGCAGCUUCACCAACACCGUGCUGUACCGGGGCCACGCCUACCCCGUGUGGGACCUGGACAUCAGCCCGCACAGCCUGUACUUCGCCAGCGGGUCCCACGACCGCACGGCCAGGCUGUGGUCGUUUGAUCGGACGCACCCGCUGCGCAUCUACGCCGGGCACCUGGCGGAUGUGGACUGCGUCAAGUUCCACCCCAAUUCCAACUACUUAGCCACGGGCUCGACCGACAAGACGGUCCGGCUGUGGAGCACCCAGCAGGGGAACUCGGUGAGGCUCUUCACGGGCCACCGCGGCCCUGUGCUCUCUCUGGCCUUUUCCCCCAACGGUAAGUACUUGGCGUCGGCGGGCGAGGACCAGCGGCUGAAGCUGUGGGACUUGGCGUCCGGGACGCUCUACAAAGAGCUUCGGGGCCACACGGACAGCGUCACCAGCCUCACCUUCAGCCCGGACAGCAGCCUGCUCGCGUCGGCCUCCAUGGACAACUCGGUGCGCGUCUGGGACAUCAGGAGCGCGCACUGCAGCGCGCCCGCCGACGGCUCGUCCAGCGAGCUCGUGGGCGUCUACACCGGCCAGACGAGCAACGUGCUGAGCGUGCAGUUCAUGGCCUGCAACCUCCUGCUGGUGACCGGAAUCACGCAAGAAAAUCAGGAACAUUGAUUUUUAUCUCUGAUGUAACGGACUGGGGCGUGCGAAGGGCUCCAGACGGCAGGUCUUAGGACAGACGGAUGGAAUCACUGACUGACUGUGAAGGACUCCCCGCGUCCCCCCGCAUCCCCCCUCGUGCCCCCUCGUCCCGCGGACAUCCCGAGCCCGCCACCCUUCGCUCAGCCCCCAAGUGUGGAAGGACGGGGAAGGAAGGGCAGUGAUGGGGAACGAACGUGAGAUCAAGAAUCACGGAGAUCCCGCUGUGUCCUCGUGCCGGCCCCUUCCUGUCUCUGGAACCAUGGUGCCCUCACCUCGCCGGGGCUGCACUUGGCCAGAGGAGGUUUGCUGGGCGCCCUCCCCGGGAGCAGUGCUCUAGGGUCACUGGGUGGAAGGGACUCUAUCUGGGUAGAAUUCGGGGGCGGGAACUAGGAAAGGGGGCAGGGUCAUCCUGGCAAAUGUCUUUCCUUUUUCGUGAUUACAGAGAACCAGGAUUUUUUAUUAUUGUUAUUAUAAUUAUAAUUAUUAUUAUUAAUGAGAAGAGGAAACCUAGCACUGGCAGAGGGGGCCUUCUCUGCUCUCAUCUUUCAGGUUUUACUCCUGGCACUGGCUGUGAUACUUGGAAUUUUGAGGUUCAGGGAAUUCAGAGAAUCUGGUCGUACAGUGUAUUGGGAGAAAGGGAAAAUUUCUGGGUGACAGAUUGAUCACUCCGGCUGACAUGUUUCUAGAAGUGGGUGGGUGGCUUUGAUUGAGAAAGUCUUGGGCUCUUGCAGUGAUGGUGGGAUAGAUUCUUUUCGUGGCUGCACUUCUAUUAACAAUUCUCUCCACUGAAAGGACAGAUUGUGGUAAAGAAAUGAAAAUAAUUGGAAGUGAGAAGUCAAAAGAUAGAAUUAGAAAAUGUUGAAUUUCCAAAUGAUUCCGAGGUGUGGCUUUUCCAGCGUCUUUUCCCCCUGAGAUCGUCCCUCCCACCUCCUGCUUUGCAAUAGCAGUUUAAUGAACAGUCUGUGAAACAAAUCUUUAAGUACGAACACACACGUCGAAAACUACGCUCUGAGGAUAAAGCAACUUCUAAUUUGUGGAAAAAGGAUUAAAUAUUUCUGUUUUCUGAAAAGAGUUAUUUUGUAUUUUGUUUUCUAUUAAAAUGUAUUUAGUUUCAAAAAACAAAAAGCGUUGGCAUCUCUUUUAAACUGAGGACAGGCGGGGGUGUGGGCUGUUCUGGGGACACAGCUCAGCUUUCUGCAGGGUGGCAGCCAGUUACAUAGCCCGGACUCCCCGGGGAGCUGCUCUCCCGUCUCUUGUAUUCUGUCCAGCUUGUUUCAAAUCAUUCCUCUUGGCAUUCACGUGGAUUAUUGGUAGCAUACAAUACUUUUUAUACAUCCAAACUUGCCAGUUGCUCGC